AUGGGCAUCAAGGUGAGUCUGGAGAGCCUGCAGCCCCAGAGCCUUGAGGUGGCCAGCCAGAAACUGCAGGAGCUACAUCAGUCCCUCAGAGAUCUGGAGCUGAAGAUGAGCCAGCUGGGUGGAGGUGGUGCAGGUCCUGUACAGGCUGCCUGCACCCCGGCCCUGGCCACCUCCUUCACUCCCCUGCCUAGUGCCAUGGGUGCUGCCCUGGAGCUGCAGCUCCAAAGUGAAAAGACUAAGGUAGCUGAGCUGAGCCGGCGCUGCCAGGAACUGGAACUCAAAGUGAGCACAUUUGAAAACAUUGUCUGCGUCCUCAACCGAGAGAUGGAGCGCUGCUGCACCACAAUGGAGGCCUACAACCGCCAACAUCGCCUAGACCAGGACAAGAUUGAGCUCCUCAACAACAAGGUCCGUCAGUUGGAAAGGACAGUGAGUCUGAGAGACCUGUCCAUUGUGGAGAUGGAGGGGAAAAUGAGGGAGAUGUCUGCAGCCACCUAUGAUGGCAUCUUCAUCUGGAAGAUUUCUGACUUCACCAAGAAAAGGCAGGAUGCUGUGGCUGGCCGCGCUCCUGCCAUGUUUUCUCCUGCAUUUUAUACCAGUAAAUAUGGCUAUAAGAUGUGCUUGCGAAUCUACCUGAACGGUGAUGGGACGGGCCGUGGCACCCACCUGUCUCUGUUUUUUGUGGUGAUGAGAGGGCACAGCGACGCACUCCUCAAGUGGCCUUUUAAUCAGAAGGUUACCCUCAUGCUGCUGGACCAGAACAACCGGGAGCACAUAAUCGAUGCCUUCCGGCCCGACAUCACGUCCUCGUCCUUCCAGAGGCCGGUCAGUGAUAUGAACAUUGCCAGCGGCUGCCCGCUCUUCUGUCCCCUCUCCAAGCUAGACUCUAAAAACUCCUACAUACGUGACGACACCAUCUUCAUCAAGGCUAUUGUAGACCUCACUGGGCUUUAG